CUCCCCCUUCUCUCUGGUUCUCAUGCAGGGACAGCCUCCUGUGUUUUCCUCCAGAGGUUAAACUGCUCUGUGUGUCUCUGUGCGUCUGGGCAUGGUUUUACCGCUGCAAAGGGUUACUGCUGGUGCCUGAGGAGAAUUGCAAAUCUGCUAUUGUUCUCGCCAUCCUCACUGUUGCCACCAGACUGAUCAUAGCAGAGGAAGAUGGGGUGCUGCUCUGGACGAUGCAUGCUGAUCCUGCUCUGCUCAGUGCAGUUGAUAACAGCCGUGGAGAGGCAGGUGUUCGACUUCCUGGGCUACCAGUGGGCUCCCAUCAUGGUCAACUUCCUCCACAUCAUCGUGGUCAUCCUGGGCCUGUUCGGCGCCGUCCAGUACCAAUCACGCUACGUCGUCGUGUACCUGCUGUGGAUGUUUGUGUGGAUUUGCUGGAACGUCUUUGUGGGCUGUCUCUACCUGGAUUUGGGAGGCCUUUCAAAGGACAGCCACGUCCUCUCCCUGGGAGUGUCCUCGCAUUCCUCCUGGUGGAAGAACCACGGGCCGGGAUGUCAAAGCCAAAGCCUUCCCUCUGACAGCUGGCAGGAUCACCAGAACCCCAGCCUGACAACGGUGCUGAGCUGCUGGCUCCAAUACCAGUACAUUGAGGUUCUGCACUGCACAAUGCAGCUCCUUGUUUCACUCCCUGGAGUGGUUUAUUCCUGCUAUGUUGUCAGCACAUUUUCAGAGGAAGAAAGCUAUUACAAAUGACCUGAAAGAAUACCGUUUCAAGGAUGUUGAAAGGGGUCCAAGCAGAAGAUGACUUUUAAGACCCAGUCAGCACCAUCAUGGCUUUGGUUCUAAACCUCAAGCUAAACCCAUACAGGGCGCACUGAUCAAGGAGGAGACAUGCCAGUGUGUCAAAGACAUAAUGUCCCACUAUAAGGUUUAGUCUGGGUCCUAAUAUGCAUGUGUGCUUGUCUGUAAAAGACUGUUUAUUAUAAAUUUUAGAUGACCUUAGAUGAGUUCAGGUUUAACAGAAAGCUUUUAUUAUUGCUCCAAUGUUGAGUUUAGUGUACCUCUGUUACCACUAGGUGGCGUAUUGACGCGUUCUUUGUAGAUGGUUCUUCACAGCAGAUGAAUCAACCAUUCAUUGGUAAAAGGAACUCGGAUGAAUGACUUCUCCAAAAAACUUUGAGGAGAACAAAAGAGGGCUGAGCUAAGCGCAACAACUUCAUAUUGGACAUUUAGAUAUUACAUUUUGUUGUAAAAAUCAAUUUCCAUAUACAAACAUUUUUUGAUUAACAACAAAAAACGUAUUUGGCUUCUGUUUCCUAGCUUAUAUAGAUACAAUGAGUUGUAAAAAUGUUCAAAUGAACGACAGUUGUAUCAUCAUCCAAGUAUCCACGGUGUGUUUGAAUUAUAAGUAACUUGUACUCAAAUUGUGGGUUUCAAUGGGUUGGAGGGUUCAUCUUAAUUGUAUUGUUCCAUUUUCCAUCCGUUCACCAAAUAAACUGAUGGAAAGAAUUGG